AUGCACGGCAUUCAGUUCGCUAAAAUUCUAGACCCAUCCGUGACGUCCCUGUCGGUAAACAUCGAACCGUCACUACUGGCACAGGCGCAAGGGAGACAACAAUCGGCUUGCUUUUGUUCGGCAAGGAAUGUCAAUGCUUCAGGAGCACCCAGUACGACAUUGUUCCAGUCGACGUUCUCGGACGAACUCGACGAUCUAGACGACGUUGAUAUUGUCGAAAGUAUCGAGUCAAUAGGACAGUUCAUUGAAGUCAAGGAAUUCGCUUGUUCAGCAACAGCAGACAGCUUGCAAUCGACCAUCUUUUUGCAAGUAACCGGUGACCUGGAUGACUUGGAUGACGAAGCCAGGCAAGAGCUAGCGGAAGCCUUCCAAACGUCCUACAAUGAGUUUCUCUUUGACGCCUGCGACCCAUACUUUCGCCGAGCCACCAGCGUGAUUGUAGACGAAGGAAACUACACGACCUGGCUAGGAAGGCAGCCCUUUUCAGCACGGUUUGACACGGAGCGGUUAAUGAGGGUGACUGUACAAUUUGAGUGUCGUGGUGAUGAUUGUACCAGAAAUGACUCUGGCUUGUUUAGCCUUGGAGAGGAAACAUCAACUCCUACACCUUUCCUGGUUUCUGGGAGCAGUUUUAACCAAAACAUCCAGUCCUUUCCA